CCUGGCUCGCCUGGGAUCCCGAGAUGCAAGGAGGCUGCGGCCAUGGCGAUGAUGCCUCCAGUACGGCAACAUACAGGCCGCCCGGCGCAGACGGGGUUGCUGCUGCGACAUGGAAGAGGAAGGGCGGCGCUGCAGCCAGCUGUCAGGGUCACACAAAGUUGCCCAGGGCAUUGGACUUGAAAGUCCUCCUGCCUCCAUCUUCUGAGCAGCAGGGAUCACAACCUGUGACCUGACUUCAGACUCGGUAGCCUCCUUCCUUCUCUGCCUCCUGUUCUUUCUUUGAUUAAUGUUGGUUCCUCGUCAUCUCAUCUUCUACAUCUAUAGCUUGGGGUCUUAUAACUCCCAUCAUUUCAUUUCCUUAUCCCCCACUUUAUUUCUCUAAGCGCCUUGAUUCCAGACUCUUAAAUUUUUCCUGAACCAAAUUCCUGCUCUCCUUUGCCUCCUCAUAAGGGGGUUUUCUUCUUUCCUUUUCAUAAAUUAACUCAAGGAACAUUUUUUUCUUUUAUUUUUUUUUACCAACAGUAAAACACUGUCUUUAUCCACUGUAACAAUAUCAAAAGGGUUCACAAACAGGCAUGCAGUCUUACUAAAAAUAGUAAGAGCUCUCCAUUAGUAUUUAGUCAUGGGCAAACAGAUGUUCCGAAUUUGUCCUUUUCUCUCCUAUAGAACUUAGUUUAAAGAAAAUUUGUGUUCCAGAAAGGUUGGUGUCACGUUGCGGUGAAGAGAUUUACCACCGUGUGCAUUCUGCAGCAGAGGCAGCUUCUGUCUCAAUGAGGGGCAGCGUAUUCACACGGCUCUCCCAGAACCGAUCUGAUUCUUACUGCCAAGCCUGUACUUGUGGUUAAGAGCUGAGAGACUUCUAUUCUAGGCAGUCCAUAGCUGUUGCUUUCAUUGACUGGGUCCAGUCUGUACCCUCUGAUGCAGCAGCUAAAAGCUUGGCACCUAUAAGUCUCUGGGAUCCAGCUCCAGCUGAUGGUUUAAAUAUUCAGAGCAUAGGCUCUGGACUUCCUCACUCCUUUUUUUUUUUUUUUAAUCUCUGCAAUGUUAGAGUAAAACAAGUGUUUGGCAGUUGUCAAGAGCAGAGCUCUAAAUGUUUCCUGUGGUGUGGGAUUCUUCUUUGGCAAAGGAUAGGCCACAGGCCACACACAUCUUUGGGCUUGGGAACAGUGAAGACUGGUGUGAAAUAAGAGGAAAAAACACCUCUCUGAAGAUGAACUCCAGUGGCCCACUUCAGAAUGCUCCCAAUACCACCUUGCUGUACAUGCCUCCCUUGCAGAGAGGAAACGCCACUUCUCUCCAGGAGGAUCUUCGAGAUUUUAUCCACACAGCAACCUUGGUGACCUGCACUUUUCUGCUUGCCAUCAUCUUCUGUCUAGGCUCUUACGGAAACUUUAUUGUCUUCUUGUCUUUCUUUGACCCAGCCUUCAGGAAGUUCAGAACCAACUUUGAUUUCAUGAUCCUGAACCUGUCUUUCUGUGAUCUCUUCAUCUGUGGGGUGACAGCCCCCAUGUUCACCUUUGUGCUGUUCUUCAGCUCAGCCAGCAGCAUCCCAGAUCCUUUCUGCUUCGCCUUCCACCUCACCAGCUCAGGCUUCAUCAUCAUGUCCCUCAAGAUGGUGGCUGUGAUUGCUCUGCACCGGCUCCGGAUGGUGCUAGGGAAACAGCCCAAUUGUACAGCCUCCUUUUCCUGCAUCUUUCUCCUUACCCUGCUUCUCUGGACCACCAGUUUUACCCUUGCCACCUUGGCCACACUGAGAACCAGUAAGUCUCACCUGUGUCUCCCCAUGUCCAGUCUGAUGGAUGGGGAAGGGAAAGCCAUUCUGUGUCUGUAUGUUGUUGACUUUACCUUCUGUGUUGCUGUGGUGUCUGUCUCUUACACCAUGAUUGCUCAGACCCUUUGGAAGAAUGCUCAAGUCAAAAAGUGCCCCCCUGUGAUCACAGUUGAUGCUUCCAGACCACAGCCAUUCAUCGGGGCCUCUGUGAAGGGAGGUGGAGAUCCCAUCCAGUGCACCAUGCCAGCUCUGUACAGAAACCAGACUUAUAACAAACUGCAGCACAGUCAAACUCAUAGAUACACUAAGAAUCCCAGCCAGAUGCCAAUCCCCUCAGCCAGUCGACUCCAGCUGGUGUCAGCCGUCAACCUUUCUACUGCCAAGGAUUCCAAGGCGGUGGUCACCUGCGUGAUCAUUGUGCUGUCAGUCCUGGUGUGCUGUCUUCCUCUGGGGAUUUCCCUAAUGCAGGUGGUCCUGUCUGACACUGGGAGCUUCAUCCUUUAUCAGUUUGAAUUGUUUGGAUUUACUCUGAUCUUUUUCAAGUCAGGAUUAAAUCCUUUUAUCUAUUCUCGGAACAGUGCUGGGCUGAGGAGGAAGGUGCUCUGCUGCCUCCAGUAUGUUGGCCUGGGCUUUCCGUGCUGCAGACAGAAAACGCGACUUCGAGCCAUGGGAAAAGGGAGCCUGGAAAUCAAUAGAAACAAAUCUUCCCAUCAUGAGACAAACUCUGCCUACAUGCUGUCUCCAAAACCACAGAAAAAAUUUGUGGACCAGGCUUGUGGCCCAAGCCAUUCAAAGGAAAGUGUAGCAAGUCCCAAAGUCUCUGCUGGACAUCAACACUGCGGUCAGAGCAGUUCCACACCCAUCAACACCCGGAUUGAACCUUACUACAGCAUCUAUAACAGCAGCCCCUCCCAGGAAGUGUCCAGUCCAGGAAAGUUACAGCCAGCAAACUCUUUUGGAUUUGCCAGUUCAUACAUCGCCAUGCACUAUUACACCACUAAUGAUCGGAUGCAGGAAUACGACAGCACAUCAGCGAAGCAGAUCCCCAUCCCCUCUGUUUAAAGUAACAAGGCCAGAGAGCCUGGAAGGAGUUGUUUGCUUUCCUUUAAAAGACUUUGGAGUCAGUGGAAAAGCGUGAGGAGUCAACUGAACAGUUGACCAUUAGACUUUCUUUUGUCUGAAAUAUUAGUAUCCAGAUUUGCUUCAUGGUUUCUUGACAUUUUAAGAUUUGAUGUAAACGCUUAUUUCAAUUUUUACUCUGAUGGGUGUCUCAAUCUUUUGUACUAAACUGCUAAGAAGAUGCCAGGAAUGAUCCUGCUGAUGAAAGCCCUUCAAGUCAGUGUUACAGAUUUUUAGAUAUGGGUCUUUGGCUACAUUUUUUAAAAAGGUGUUUGAAAAAAAAAAAGACCUUUUUGAAGUGUUAUUUUUAUAAAAAUAUGAAAUUUGAGUGUUUGAAGUACUGAAAUAGAAAAGAGUGUACUUUUAUGGUGGCAAGUUGAUUUAAAUAAAAAAACUUACUGUUAAAGCAGAAAAUAGAAAUGUGUUACCUGUGCCUCUGUCCUUAUUUAAGAUUUUCAUGCAGUGUUCGGUACUCCCCUUUAUAAGACAGUUACCUAAUAGGACAGAGUUAUGACUCUUGUCACUUCGUGCUGUACAUUUUUGUUUCGCGUUAAUUGAGUGGUUAGCUUUAGGAAGUGUUUUUGGCAGUUACCAGUUAAUGGCUGUUUCCCAAGAAUCCUACCCAAGAGGGGGACUGUACUGCAGUAGUGGCGUUCUGAGAGAGCAGGCGAGGUGUCAGCUUCAGGAAUCCGCUGAGGCCAGCGCACAUUUUGAUCGGGCACCCAACACCAGCUCUCCUAGCCCUCAGUGCAUACUCUAGCUAUCAUCAUACAUCCAACACUAGCUGCGUAGAGAUGCAAUUGGGAGGCACGACGUGGGCUUCCCUUCUGUAUGAGGACAGUGUUCACAGAGCUAUUCAGAAAUACCCUUUUUAUAUAAAUAUUGCUAUGCAAAAAAGUUCUCGAUAUGAUCUAUUGGUAUUUUCAGAUUGAGGUUUUUAGGUUUUUGGCGCUUUUUUUCUCAUUCCUUUCUAGGGGCCUGGAGGUUGAACCUAGGCUCAUGCAUGUUAGACAACCAGUUUACCACUGAACUGCAUCCCCAGUCCCCAAACUAAUGGUUCAUAUCCUCUCAUUAACCUUAAACAGGAAACAUGCAACUGUGUUACUCUUAUAUCUGAACCUAAUUUUAUUAGGUACGCUGAUUCCUAACGUUAAAAUGUUUUGGUCCUGCAGUUAGGAUUUGAACUCACUGCAAUUUUGGAACACUAACUAUUAGACUCAAAAUAGAAUAUCUUUACAAAGUGUUGUAUCCCACUGUUAUUCGCAGAGCUCAGAAGGAACAAGGAACAGAAGGCACUCAGCUCAGAGCAGCCUCUCCCAGGCUCUUCCAAACUCCAAAAUCACAGGAGAUGCUGAGAGACAGAGUAGCUCCUUAGCCAGACCUGGCCUGGCCUCAUGUAGUCACUGUACAUUCCAGUGCACCCCAGUCAGGUCUGUUUCAGAUAUUUAAGUGUGAGGACAAGAUUUUCAAAUUCACUGUCCGGAACUGGGCUGCCAGGUUCUCUCCUUCUCUUCCUCCCUUUUUCCUUUCCCUUUUUUUUUUUAUUCUUGCUACUAAGUUUUAUAGCAUAUCCACUCUCCUUUAUUUUGAUAGCUGGACACUCCUUUUGGAAGUCACUCUUACCUAUUUCAACUGUGUUUUUAUAGCUUCAACACAAUAUGGUUCUCAUUAAUACUCCCAUGAGACAGACUCAGUACAGAGCUCUUUUUAACAAAGAACUAAGACAUCUGAUCUCCUCUCCCAAAAAUCAUUUGAAGAAUUUUGGCAAAUUACCAUUAAACUUUUGUCUUAAUUGAAAACCUGUUGUUUAGUCCAGUCAAUAACAAGAUCAUUCACACAUUUAAAGGUCUGUAUCUCGGGCUGGGAGAUAGCUAGGAGGUUGAGAGUGACAUGAUACACAGACACAUUGCAGGCAAAGCACCCAUACACAUAAAGUAAAAUUGAAUCUUUAGAAUAUCUGAAAGUUUACAUUCACAAAAAGGUAUACAUCUCUUUGAGGGAUCAGGCAUUUAAAAUGUGGCUUGACAAAGAUUAUAGCAAAAUUACUACUUGUAAAUUUUUAAAUGUUAGCUUUCCUUGUAUGACCUUUGAGUUUGAAAUUAUUUGACCAGCAUGGGGCCCAUGAGAAAUAAAAAUUAUAGCAUAAGAAGACAAAGCAUGUACAUAGAAAGUGUUCAGUUUCUUCAUAUUCAUCAAAGAAAUUAUUGAUUUAAUUUGCAUGAAAUAUAUAGUGGGCUGGAUUCUUGGCUCUCCUCCUAUCUAUAUAGAGAGAUGUAACUUGUUUCUUCAUAAGCUAUGUAUGUCUGUCUAUAAUAGCAAAGUCACCAUAUUGAUGUAGACAGACAUAUAUAACUUAUAUCUUCAUAAGGGCUAAAAAUUAUAACUCAAAGUAAUGAGAAUUCAGUUGGAUAUGAUUAUUUGCCAAGUACAUUAGUUUUUUUCUCUUGAUGCUUACUGUGUGCAAAGUAUGUGUCUCAAACAUUUUGUAAUAAGUGUUCUUAUGUUAACCAUUAGGUUAGAUUUCUAUUUCUGAUGUUUUAAUGUACUUUUAAAAUGAGUUUGAAAAAUAAAAAUAUUGAAAAUCCUAA